AUGGCCGUCGGAGCAGGAGUGCGCGUCUCGCCGUCGCCGUCGUCGAUGGAGGUGUGGGGGAGGAGGAGGAGGACGGGUACGGUGACGGCGAGGCGCGGCGCCGCGGUGGCCAUCAGAUGCAGCUUCGUGGGCGAGGCGGGGGUGGGCGCGGCCGGGGGCCUGGCGGAGGAGCACUACCGGACGCUGCGGCUGCGCCCGGGGUCCACCAGGAACGAGGUCAAGAAGGCCUUCCGCCGCCUCGCGCUAGUGUACCAUCCGGACGUUUGCAAGGACAGCGACCGCGACACCGGCGUCGAAUUCCAGAAGAUCAACAUCGCGUAUCACAUACUGAUGAACAACAUGAGGGAGGCCGAGGAGCGGCUCGAGUACUGGCGGCUCAAGUACGGCCUCAACGACCAGGAUCUCGACAGGUACAGGUACUUCCUCAACGACGACGACGACGACUGGCUUGACAUGUGA